AUGGCUCAAGGAAGAAUUUCAUUCGAGGAUUACCUCGACCUCACAGCAUUAGUCUUUGAUUGGGGUGACAGCUACGAUGCAAAGGACUGGAAAAGACUCGAAUCCAUCAUCGCACCCGAGCUCCUCGUAGACUACACCACCAUUGGUAAAGCCUGCUGGGAAGCCAUGCCCGCUUCCCAAUUCAUGGCCAUGGUCACCGAUGACGAUUUCCUCGGCGAUCCUUGCGUCAAGACCCAACAUCUUCUCGGUGCUACUCGCUGGGAAAAAAUCUCAGACGAUUAUGUUAUUGGACAUCAUCAAUUGAGAGCUGGUCACCAAGUGUACAAGAAUGCGGAUUUGAAGGAAAUCAAAUUGAAGGGUCAUAGCCAUGCGACCAAUGAACAUUAUUAUAAAAAGGUUAAUGGGGUUUGGAAAUUCGCGGGCUUGAAACCACUCGUGAGAUGGAAUGAGGGUGACGGAGAAAAUGAUUUCUUGAGAGUUUUCAAGGGAAGUUAUAAAAAGUAAUGGGAAAGAAAAGUAAUAUCUAGUUAGCUUGGGUGUCUGGGGUAUGAAUGUCACUUUGGAGUCUUCUAGGAUGAUAGCUUUUGGUGUUGUUGUGGUCCAUCUAUCUAUUAUUUUAUAUGAUUCUUGAAGGUUUGAGUGAGAAGUUGUUUUCUUUUUGGAUGACAUAGUUGUUAUUCUGUUCUGUGUUUUAUACAUCACUGGCCUGGGUUCUCAACCCAGUGUUUGAUUGCACAUCGAUGGCGAGGAGCUAACGAACAAAAGAGCAUACCAAUUUUCUCUACAAUAAUCUGUGUGCUGUUAAUAAAUAUCCUGUACA